CUAUUGUGAAAAUGUAAACCGCAAGUCAGACCAUAAAACAAAGCAAAUAAUAAUAACAACAACAGCAAGUGGAGGAGUAAUAAAAAAUCAAAAUAAAUGUGCAAAAAUACCCAAAUAUACGUACUUAGUAUAUCCAUAUCGCGAGCAAUUUGAAAGCAAAAAGUUAAGCAACGACAGAGGAAAAUAAAUAAAAAGCCCAGUCAAGAUGAUUGUCAAAAUGGAGCCCGACGAGCUAAUCACAUUUCGUGUGCAGUACUUAGUGGAUAGCGAUCCAUUGGAUGCGACCACAGUGUUUCCCAUUCCCAUGCGUGCCCCCACCUAUGCCUUCGCCACCACCAUGCCGCUGGCCACCCAGCUGGGCACAAUUCUCCGGCUGCUGAAUGCGCCACACCGGAUCGAUGACGCGGCCAUCCAGGUCUAUAAAGAUGGUGAUUAUGGCGCCUACUUGGACUUGGAAUCAUCGCUGGCCGAGCAGGCGGAGGAAAUCGAGGGUCUCAAUGCUAGUCGCAAAAACUCGUUGGUGGUGCGAACGCAGCUGAGCGUGCGCGUUCAUGCGAUUAUUGAAAAACUACUCUCGUCCGAGGGAAGCGAUCUGAGGCGUGCACUCUUCUCCCUCAAACAGGUGUUCCAGGAGGACAAGGAUCUCGUCCAUGCCUUUGUAGCACUCGGUGGCCUCAAUUGCUUGGUGCGUGUGGGCAAUUGCGCGGAUCAGAACUAUCAGAAUUACAUUUUGCGUGCCCUCGGACAGGUCAUGCUCUAUGUGGAUGGCAUGAAUGGAGUGAUGAAGCAUGAGCCCACCAUGCAGUGGCUCUACUCGCUGAUUGCCUCAAAUUACCGCUCGGUGGUGAAGACAGCGCUCAAGCUGCUGUUGGUCUUUGUGGAAUACGCCGAGUCUAAUUGUUAUGUGUUGGUGAGCGCCAUACAUGCGGUGGAUGCAGCGCAAGGCACCUUGCCCUGGUCCCACAUUAUGAGACUGCUAAAGGAUUACGACAAUGCUGAUGCCGAGCUGGUCAUAUACGCCACAUCGUUGAUUAACAAAACCCUAGCAGGCCUGAAUGAUCAGGAUAGCUUUUACGAUGAGAGCGACUUGCUCGAACAACAGGGCAUGGAAAUGGUUAUACAGCGCUAUAUGUCCAAGAAAGGUACUGAUUUGGACUUACUGGAUCAAUUGCAGCUAUACGAGGCAGUUUUGAAAUUUGAGGAUGGCGAGUCGGAUGGCCAGCGUUUGCCUGAGAAUUCAGUGCGCAAGACACAACGAUUCCGUCCUGGCAGCAACACCACAGAGCGUCGCAAAUCGCGUCGCCAUAGCAGCGACAACAGCCCAGUUCCGCUGACCAAAGUGCUGCCCACACCACUGCGCAUGACCCCCACACAUGCCACCCUAGACGAGGACAGCUCGGGCUCCACAAACUCCACAGAAUUCAGCAGUGGUCUGUUUCAGGAGAAGAAGCCACGCGAUGGCGCAGGCGUGACGCCCGGCCUCAGAAGACGGCGUGAACGUGCCGAACGCCACAAAAGUUUCCUGAAGGAGCAACAGGAGGCGGCAGCCAAUGGCAUUUUUGCCGCAUUGGAGCAACGUGACGGCCUAGGCCAAAUUGUUACCGCCAUACCCGCCACCAUACAAAGCGGCGAGAGUCCGCCGCAAUCAUUGCAACAUGAUCAUAGCAGCAGCAUCAGCAACAACAACAACAGCAACUGCAACAGCAUAGCUGCCCCUGCGACUAACAACAACAGCAACAACAACAACAGUACGACAAUGCCGGAUACGCCCAACAAUAGUUUGCUGUUGAGUCCCACAAAGCAGCUACUGAGCGGCAGCAACAGCAUCUCCAUCAUCAACAACAGCUUCGACAAGGCCAACAACAAUUCCGCCAAUGAGUUCCUCACCAAAAAGAAUCUGUUUCGGGAACGCAACGCAACUGUGAUCAACGGCAUUAUGAAGAAUAUCCAGCAAACGGACAGUGGAUACAAGAAAUACGAGAACGACGCCAAUCGUCUGAACAACUAUUACACACAAUUGAAUCAAUCCCCAAAGCACCAGCCAUUGGCCGCCGUCCUCAGCCCCAAGAAGGCGCUGAAUGGUUUCGAUUUUACGUCAACAGCCGACCUACAAACGCCCUCGCCUCCAGCCAGUCCGAUACUCAAGAGUGAGCCGCAAGCAAAGACAGUAGAGACAGUAGAUGUUGUGGUUGCGACUCCACCACCACCGCCGCCGCCGCCACCGCCACCACCACUACACUGGUGGCACUCUCCUCCUCUAGCAGUGCAACAACUGCAGCAUCAGCCGCCCGCUAGUCCACUAACCCACAGACCCAGCGAGCCAUCUACUAACCUAGCCUUGCAACAGCCAGCCACUGCAGCGCCCAAUGCUGUUGAGGCUGCCCCUUCCGCAGAUCUAGACAGCGAGGACAAACAAAUGUUGCUGCAACUCAAGCGCGACCACACGGUGAAGGACUUAACGCAGCGGCUCAGCAAUUUACCCACCAGUCCCACACAGGAGUCGCAGAGUCGUCCAUUAGUCGGGGAUAUGUCCGGCCUCAUAUCGAAAGCCAAAGAGGGACUUGCCAAGAGCAAGAGCAAGGGUGAAAUAUCACGCUCGUCGAGCGUUGAUCAGGAACUGAAAAAGUCGGAGCCGAAGAAAUCAGAAAAUGAACUACACUGGGAGGAAUUGGUGCGUAACAUGACACGGCCGCUAAAUCUGUGUGAUCUGGACUUUACGGAUCUGCAUUCGGAUGAUGAGAAAGAUGUGCUGGCGCCGCGGGGCCUGAGUGUAGGCAUACCACCACCACCUCCACCCCUAGGCAGCAUUGCGCCGCCGCCGAUGAUGCCGCCACCCAUGCUGAACGCCAGUCUGGUGCCACCGCCUAUGUUUAGUUACAGCAACUAUGGUGCCGGAAGUCUGACAAACAGUGUCAACAGUUCGAUGAAUGGCUCCUUCAAUGGAGAGCUGGGCAAUGGCAACAACACGAUCAAGAAGAAUAAGAAAACGGUCAAGCUCUUCUGGAAGGAAGUGCGCGAGGACAUGAUACCCGUUGCGGUGGGAAAGACCAUUUGGGAUGAGCUGCCGAGCGCCAAUGUGGACACACAGAAGCUCGAACAUCUCUUUGAGUCACGCGCCAAAGACUUGAUGACCAAGAAACAACAAGAGUUGAACAAAAGCAAAGAGGUAAUCGUGCUGGAUCAUAAGCGUUCCAAUGCCAUUAACAUUGCCAUGACCAAGUUGCCGCCUCCGCGCGCCAUCAAGGCGGCUAUUCUCAAAAUGGAUGCGACGGUGGUGACACGCGAAGGCAUUGACAAGUUGCUGAACAUGCUGCCCACAGAUGAGGAGCGCGGCAAGAUACAGGAGGCACAAAUGUCCAAUCCAGACCUGCCGCUUGGCAGUGCCGAACAAUUUCUGCUCACACUCGCCUCCAUCUCCGAGUUGGGAGCGCGUUUGAAGCUGUGGGCCUUCCGCCUGGACUUUGACAACAGCGAGAAAGAAAUUGCAGAGCCGCUGAUGGAUCUAAAGCAGGGCAUUGAGAUUCUGCGCCACAAUCGCACCUUCCGCUGUAUACUCUCGACUCUGCUGUCCGUGGGCAUCUUCCUGAAUGGGGCGCCCGUGAAGGGCUUCCAGAUCGAGUAUUUGGCCAAGGUGCCUGAGGUAAAGGACACGGUGCACAAGCACUCGCUGCUGCACCAUCUCUGUCACAUGGUGAUGGAGUCAUGCAGCGAGACCAGCGAUCUAUAUUCCGAAAUCGGACCCAUCACACGCGCCUCCAAGGCAGACUUUACGGACUUGGCACACAAUCUGACCCAACUGGAGUCCGAGUGCAAGGCCUCGUGGGAUCGCCUCAAGCUCAUUGCCAAGCACGACUGUGCGCCGCCGCUAAAGCAAAAGCUAGUGGACUUUUUGGCCGAUUGCGCCGAACGUAUUAUCAUAUUGCAGAUUGUGCAUCGACGCGUCAUGAAUCGCUAUCGCAAGUUUCUGCUUUGGCUGGGCAUGCCCCAGCACAGUGUCGCCGAAUCGCGACCCAACGAGUUCUGCCGCACCCUCUCCGAGUUCGCGCUCGAGUAUCGCACCACGCGCGAGCGCGUGCAGCAGCAGCUGGAGAAGAAGGCCAACCAUCGGGAGCGGAACAAGACGCGCGGCAAACUGAUCAUCGACAUGGUCAAGUUCAAAACCAAAGAGGAUCGCGCCGAUGAGGAACUCAAACAACUUCUGGGUACGCCUAGCACGGAUACGGCCGAUGGUACGCUGACUUGGCGCCGUCGUCGCGCCGAGCAGCUACGCUCGCCCAUUUCGCGCCAAAGUGAGGAGCAGUUUACCGACGGAGAUGAUGAAAUACUGGAGUCUCUGGUCAAAACUGCCACUAAGGCCCCAGGCACCCGCACCACGCCCCGCGAACGCAAACGUACGCGUCAUGCGGAUCGCAAAUCCUUGCGUCGCACCCUGAAGAACGGUUUAACGGAUGAGGAGAAACAGCACGUAGCUGCCCUAAUACAAACCUAUUAGUAGUGUAGUGUUCGAAUUUUCCCUCACAAGCACACCAGUGACGUCACAAGUCGGCCAACAGCAACAACAAUAGCGCACAGACUGAAUUUGGCGAUCUCACGAUGACAGCAGUUACCAAUUAUUUUAAAUACAGACACACGCAUAUACAUAUAUAUAUACCACCACAGUGCGCAGUUUGGCGACAACAACGAAAAGUCCUUACCCAAUAUUUUUUAUUUGUGUUACUAUUUUUACUCAAUUAUUAUUAUUAUAUUAUUAUUAUGAUAAUUUGUUUUCCUUAAGCACUUGCGCUAAGUGCUAAACAAACAGAAAUAUGAAAAUGUUUAUAUAAAUUAGAAUUGUAGUACAUAUGUCCUUAAAGUAGUGCUUAAAACAAAAACUGUAUUACAUAAUAGUGAAACGAUUUUAAAAACUUAUGUGUAAGUGCUGUUAGAAUUUCAAUUUCCUUCCUUAUAUUUUGUACCAAAUUUUGACGACACCUUCUGCGUUUUUAUUUCAUAUUAUAAAUUAUGGAUCCUAUAUUAUAAAGUAUACCUACACUUAAAUUAUGUAAAUUAGGCAUAAAUUAACUACAAAUAAAUAAAAAUACCAUACAUA